UUUUUUUUUUAUGUUGGAAGUCUUUUUUAUCACCGCUUCUAGUCUGAUAUUACUCAUUCAGGCUCAGGAUGGGAUCUCUACACCACCUAUGGGUUGGAGUACAUGGAAUAAAUAUGGUUGUCAUAUUAAUGAACAACUUAUUAAAGAUGCAGCAGAUCUCAUUGUUAGUCAAGGUUACCAUAACGCAGGUUAUACUUAUCUCAAUAUGGACGAUUGUUGGCAAUCUAAUGAACGAACUUCCGAUGGUCACAUUAUUAUUGAUCGUGAAAAUUUCCCUAAUGGUAUUCGACCUAUAUCAGACUAUGUUCAUAGUAAAGGAUUAAAGUUCGGCAUAUACUCUAGUGCUGGUCGGCAAACUUGCGCAGGUAGAAUGGCUUCUAGUGGAUAUGAACUACAAGAUGCUCAAACUUAUGCAAAUAUGGGUGUAGAUUAUCUCAAAUAUGACAAUUGCAACUAUGACGAAGGAGUUAGUGCCAAGACAAGGUAUGAAAUCAUGGCUAAAGCAAUCAAUACUACAGGGCGACAAAUAUUUAUAUCUGUUUGCAAUUGGGGAACAGAAAAUACAUGGGAAUGGGCAUAUCAAUAUGGACACAGCUUUCGAACUCAUGAUGACAUUUAUAAUGAUUGGAAAUCUAUUGUUGAAAUACUCAAUGUACAUGCUACUGUGGUGAACAAUAGUGGUCCGGGACAAUGGGCUGAUCCAGAUAUGCUAGAAAUUGGCAACGAUAGACUUACUGUAGAUGAAUCAAAAACUCAUUUUUCGAUCUGGUCAGCCAUGAAAUCGCCACUUAUUCUUGGAAACAGUCUAAGUGAUAUGCCAAGUGAACUAUAUAAUUUUGUUACCAACAAAAACGUGAUCGCCGUGAAUCAAGAUCCUUUAGGAUUACCUGCAAAAAGAAUACUUCACGUUGCUCAUGAUAAAGAUAUCUGGGUUGGUGAAUUGGUAAAUCAAACAAUGGUUGUAGUCAUCAUCAAUUAUAUGGAUCAACAUCAAACCUUCAAUAUCGAUACUCAUUACUGUGGAUAUAUUGGAUCAGAUAUUAGAGCCUUUGAUUUGUGGGAAAAUGCGACGAUACCGAUGAAAGAUCAACGGUAAGAAAUUGGAUAGAUUUUAUUCAAAC